AAGGAAAGUGAACCUUGGAAAAGACGACGGUUAAAUAUUCACAUUAGUCUCUGUUUUCUAUGGCUAAAAUCGAACUAAAGUAACUUCUAUUUAUUAGACUGACCUCCAUACAGCUUCAACAACCAUCAUGAUGGAUUUUACAGCCGAUAUAACCAAUAUUUCUACCAUAUUUCCGCCAACAAACGUAACGACACCACAAGUCCUACAAAGUCAACAAAUAUUUUUUCAAACUGCAGCGGCUCGAGGAAUCUCAGGACUUUUUGUUAUGUUGGCUUUAUUAAUAACUUGUCACCAGAUAUAUCAGCAUCUAAGUUACUACACAAACCCAAGUGAACAGAGAUGGAUUGUCAGGAUAUUAUUUAUUGUUCCAAUCUAUGCAUUUGACUCCUGGCUCAGCCUGAUGUUUUUUGAGCAGUCCUACUAUGUCUAUUUUGAUAGUAUCAGAGAUUGCUAUGAAGCAUUUGUGAUCUACAACUUCUUGAGUCUGUGUUAUGAGUAUCUCGGUGGAGAGAUGGCUAUCAUGACUGAGAUUAGAGGAAAACCAAUUCAUUCAAGUUGGCUCUACUGUACCUGCUGCUUGGCUGGUAGCCAGUACACAAUACUUUUUCUUAGAUUUUGUAAGAGGGCAACAUUACAGUACUGUGUGAUUAAACCUAUUAUGGCUGUUAUAACUCUUAUUCUACAGCCACUUGGUUAUUACUCUGAUGGUGACUGGAGGGCUGACCGUGGCUAUUUGUAUAUUGUUAUUGUGUACAAUAUUAGUGUGACGCUGGCUCURUAUGCUUUAUUCUUGUUCUACCAAGCGACUAAAGACCUCUUAUCUCCAUAUUAUCCUGUAUUAAAGUUCUUCACUGUCAAGUCGGUUAUUUUUCUUUCAUUUUGGCAAGGUGUUGUUCUUGCCGUGGCCGAGAAAGCAGGAUUCAUAAGGACCUACCACAAUAUUUCAGCUGGGACAAUCGCGGCAGGCUAUCAAAACUUUAUCAUCUGUAUUGAAAUGUUCUUCGCCGCAAUCUGCCUUCGCUAUGCUUUUCCUUAUUCUAUCUAUCUUCGUCAAAGAAAGCUGGAUGAAAGAGGCCAAGGAAUUGCCUUGAAAAGUAUCUCAAAGAAUUUGAAACAGACUAUGAAUCCUAAAGACAUCGUAGACGACGCUAUUCACAAUUUUUCACGAUCCUACAAGCAUUAUGCUAACGCCCAGAACCCAAAGUCCUUUGGCGAGGACCAUGUCGUCCACAAUAUGCCUACUUCUUAUCAAAGCACGAACUUUGAUGGUUUAGAGUCUCAAAAUUCAUUUGAUGCGCAUGCGUAUCCAGAACCAGAACAUUAUGAUUCCUUUGACUCUUUUCGACGUGGCAUGCACGUGACUGUGAUUGACGGUAGUCAUAGCAACCACGGAAGUCAUGGUAACCAUGUUCAUAAGAAGAAAGAUACAGAAAAGGCGACCUUGUUAUAUUCUGAUAGUGAAUUUUAACCAGUUAAUGCUUUGCAAGUAUUUUUUUAAUGCAAAAAAGGUUUUUAGUGUGGAAACGUCUAGCAAGAAGUACUCAGCCAUGCUUUUAAUUUAAUUUGCUGAGAGUAUUUUUCGAUGAAAAGUAUAUUGCAGGUUUGUAACAUUCCCAAGUUGGUAGUAUUAGUAUAGGAAAUCGCACGAUCUCGAGUACAAUUUGGAAGGCGAGUGCAAUUAAAGAACCUUCAAAACAUUACGAGUGUCUAUUAAUUCCAAAUUGUACGAGAAGAUCGUGCGAUUUUUGUU